AAAACACCAGUUUUCGUCUAUCAUUCUGACCGUAGGAAGUUCAAGUCCAAAUCUAGAGAGAAAACCAAGCAAAUGGCGCGAUUCCUGCCCUUGGCCUUACUGGUCUUUUUGGCUUGUCGGACCUUUGGGGUACCCUCUAACGUGUUCGCUUAGACUUGCCAGCUCUUGAAGACGGUCUUCUCCACUAUUUCUUAAACAGCCACCAGUUGUGAAGGUCAAUGCGAGAGUAAGUUUAUCCGAGGAUCCUCGUGCCAAUGCAAUUCAAUGUGCUCUAAGUUUGGCGAUUGUUGUCCGGAUUACACGGACGUUUGCCUUUCUUGUCGUGGACGAUGUGGGGCCGCUUUCAUUCCCCAAAAGAAGUGCCAAUGUAAUACGAAAUGCCCCAAGUUUGGAAACUGUUGCGACGAUUUCACGGGCCUUUGUGGAACAAAUAAUAGAGCUACAAGUUCCUCGAAUAAAAAGAAGGGUAUGAGUAACCGAGACUUGAAACAGCUUUCUGAAAAGCUCUUUAAGUUGGCGGCAAAAAGUGGAAUCUCCUCCAAAGUCAGGAUGAGUAGUCAAGGGCUCACAAACAUGUGUAACACCACCGACAAAGCCUCACGAAACUUACUCACUACAAUGGACCAAAGUAUUUGGCAAUACCCAACCGUUGCUGCCUUGAAGAAGAUGUUUGACAACUACAACCCAGAUGUAACGGCCACUGAGGAUAACAACCCCCAAGAGCAAUCCGAAGAAACUAAAUUUCUAGGCUUGACCAUGGAAACAGACAUCAUGAAAGAGACUUACAAGACCUUGCUUGACAAAAACGUGAUCAAUGGAACCAUGAGAGAAUUUAGGACUUUGCUUCAGUCCUUGUGGUUCAAGGGAUAUGAUCGGGAUGGAACAAAGGCUAAAGUUAUUGGAUCAAGCGGGUUUGAACACGUAUUCAUGGGUGAAUCAAAGGGCGGGAAUGUUUCUGGCUUUCAUAACUGGCUCAAGUUUUUAGACGAGGAAAACAAGGGUCGCAUUGAUUAUCUUGGUCAUCUGGCUGACGCUCAAUUUAGAUCGAAUUUCCAAGGAAUCACCAACGUCUUCAAAUGGAAUGGCCAACUGAAGUGCAUCAGUUCCAUGUUAGUUGGAACACCUCCUGAAUUAGAUUUCGCCAUGUUUACCACCUGUUUCUUGGCCCGACGAGGCCGGAAAUGCUACCUCCGCUACAACGGCAAGGACUUUUAUAUCACGGCCCACGGCAUGAAAAUCAACGGCAAAGAUUACAUUGGAACUGCUUAUCCCGAUUUUCCAUAACUUCCAAUUACAUUAUUCAUACGAUUGUAACUAAAACCGCAUGUUGUCUUAUGCUAAUUUGAAAUUAAAAACUUUGGAAAGGUAA